AUGAAUGAACGAUUGACUCAAUGCCAAUGUUAUGACGACUUUGGUGUCAAGGAUAAAGGACUCUUACAGUCUUCACGAACGGAUAUACCCCCUGCUAACGCCAUGAAGUUUUUCAUCCUAUGCGGCCUACUAGCGUUGGCCGCUGCGCAACCAGCCAAGAAUGAAAACUGGAAGAAUGCCAUGGACGAGAUGGUAGAUCAGUCCAGGUCUGAUUGUUCGCAGAAGAACGAUGAGAUCGCUUGCAUGAAGUUCAAGGUGUUUAACCUGCUCGACCAAGUCUUCAGUAAGGAUAAUUUUAAGAUAUCCGAAACGGUGGAAGUUACACGUAACUCAUACCCCAUCGAAGCGACGUCUGCUCGUAGCGAGAGUUCUUUUCUCGAUACCGUACAAUCUUACUUGGCCUCUCACGACGUGACCUUUAAACUGCCGCUAGACUCCACCGUGAAGGUGAGCUCGCGCGAUAUCGAAGAUGAUCAGCUCACCUUCAACAUCAAGUUCGGCCAGGGCCGUGCCGUCGAUGAGGCUCGUAGAUCCAAGCUGAAGAAAGUCAUCAUCCCUAUCCUCGUGUUCGUCUUGCUGAAGGCGAUGACUCUGAUCCCUCUGGCCAUCGGUGUGCUCGGUUUGAAGGCCUGGAACGCCCUGCAGCUCUCAUUCUUCAGCUUCAUCGUGGCCGUCGGCAUGGCCAUCUUUCAACUCUGCAAAAAAAUUGCCGCCGAUACUCACGCUGCGCCCAUUGCUCAUGGAUGGGAAUAUCAAACUCAGUACAGAUCUUUCCAGGAUCAAGAUCAACUCUCGACAUCGCAACUUGCGCACAAUCUCGCAUACACCGCUCAUGCACAACUCUAA